GAAAAAGAUUCCCAACCUUCUUUUCUCUUUCUCUCCAACACCUUCCUGCUCUUCAAUUUUCAGGUUGUUCUUUCUACACAUACCGCAAAUAUGAGCGACGAAGUCUACGAGGGUGCCAUUGGCAUCGAUCUUGGCACGACCUACUCUUGCGUUGCCAACUACGAGGGCACCAAUGUCGAGAUCAUUGCCAACGAGCAGGGUAGCUUCACCACUCCCUCGUUCGUCUCCUUCACUAGCGAGGAGCGUCUGAUCGGAGAGGCGGCCAAGAACCAGGCUGCUAUGAACCCCGAGAACACUGUCUUCGAUGUCAAGCGUCUUAUUGGUCGCCGAUUUGAGGACGAGACUGUCACAAAGGACAUCAAGUCAUGGCCAUUCAAGGUCGUCGACCAGAACGGCAGCCCCCUCGUUGAGGUUGAGUACCUCGGCGAGAAGAAGCAGUUCUCUCCCCAGGAGAUCUCCGCCAUGGUUCUCGUCAAGAUGAAGGAGGUCGCUGAGACCAAGCUCGGCAUGAAGGUCGAGAAGGCCGUCAUCACCGUCCCCGCCUACUUCAACGACAACCAGCGUCAAGCCACCAAGGACGCCGGUGCCAUUGCUGGCCUGAACGUCCUCCGUAUCAUCAACGAGCCCACCGCCGCCGCUAUCGCCUACGGUCUCGGUUCCGGAAAGUCCGACAAGGAGAGGAAUGUCCUUAUCUACGACCUUGGUGGCGGUACCUUCGAUGUGUCUCUUCUUCACAUCCAGGGUGGCGUCUUCACCGUCAAGGCAACCGCUGGAGACACCCAUCUCGGAGGUCAAGAUUUUGACACGAACCUCCUUGACCACUUCAAGAAGGAGUUCACUAAGAAGACCAGCAAGGACAUCUCUGGCGAUGCCCGUGCCCUUCGUCGUCUCCGAACUGCUUGCGAGCGUGCCAAGCGUACUCUCUCCAACGCUACCCAGACCACCGUUGAGAUCGACUCGCUGUUCGACGGUGAGGACUUCAACGCCAACAUCACCCGUGCUCGUUUCGAGGACUUGAACCAGAAGGCCUUUGCUGGCACUCUGGACCCUGUCGCCCAGGUUCUCAAGGAUGCUAACAUUGCCAAGGACAAGGUUGACGAGAUCGUCCUUGUUGGUGGUUCUACCCGUAUUCCCAAGAUCCAGAAGCUCCUCAGCGACUACUUCAACGGCAAGAAGCUCGAGAAGAGCAUCAACCCUGAUGAGGCUGUCGCAUACGGUGCUGCCGUCCAGGCCGGUAUCCUCUCCGGAAAGGCCACCUCGGCGGAGACAGCUGACCUUCUCCUCCUUGAUGUUGUUCCUCUUUCCCUUGGUGUAGCCAUGGAGGGCAACAUCUUUGCUCCUGUCGUUCCCCGUGGACAAACUGUCCCGACUAUCAAGAAGAGGACCUUCACCACUGUUGCAGGAGAAGCUGUUCUUGAAGUUGUCUUCGAGGUCGACGUCAACGGUAUUCUCAAGGUCACCGCCACUGAGAAGAGCACUGGCCGCAGCGCCAACAUUACCAUCUCCAACGCUGUUGGCAAGCUCUCAUCAUCUGACAUUGAGAACAUGAUCAACGACGCCCAGAAGUUCAAGACCAGCGAUGAAGCUUUCAGCAAGAAGUUCGAGUCGAGGCAACAGCUUGAGUCGUACAUCUCCCGUGUAGAGGAGAUGGUCUCCGACCCCACCACCUCCAUCCGCCUCAAGCGUGGCCAGAAGGAGAAGAUUGAGUCGGCUCUGUCUGACGCCAUGGCUCAGCUUGAGAUCGAGGAUGCUCCUGCUGAUGACCUGAAGAAGAAGGAGCUUGCUCUCAAGCGCGUUGUCACCAAGGCUUUCUCCACCCGAUAAGCGUAUCGCGAAGUAGGAGGGCCACAGGGGCGGUCAGCAAGGAGGAGCGCAGGUGCAGGAUACCCAGACUGCUAGCUGCGAACGGAGUUUCAUCUAUUGCGGCAUUUAACGAUAGACUUGGUGUGUUUGGUUCCUUCAUCUUUUAUGGGUUCCCGGCAUUCAUGGGGACGCAAAAGUCAUUUUUGUACCUUCACGACGAUGCCUGACGAAACGAUCGUAACGGAUGUCUGCAAAAGCAAGCCAGGCGGUCAUGUCUCUUAUGUAACUCACGAGUUAGGUACAUGGAGAGAGCGGAAAGGAAAUUGAAAUGACUUGAUUACAUACUUA